UUGAGGUUAUAUCAAAGUGUCAAUUCAGUUUUGGAAGUAUUUUCGUGUGAAAAACAUUGAAUUCAUGAAAGAAAUGUUCCAAAUUAUCGCAUGUGCAACCAUACUUUCAAUUUUUGCAUCAAAUGUAAAUUCGAACGAUGUUCUAGGUUGUGGUGGAUUCGUUAAAAGCCAUGUACAAAUUGAUUUCUCGAAAGUAGAGGUUAAGUUGCUGACGAAGCAAGGAAUCUUGAAAGAUAAAACUACCUGCGCCCCAAAUAAUGGCUAUUAUUUUCUUCCUAUUUAUGAUAAAGGCGUGUAUAUUAUUCAGUUGAAUCCUCCUCCAGGAUGGAGUUUCAAUCCCAGUAAGGUUGAAUUGCUUAUAGAUGGAAUAAAUGAUGUCUGUAGUAAAGGCGUUGAUAUAAAUUUUAGCUUUAAGGGCUUUGGCAUUACAGGAAGAGUAGAGAACUUUGGUGAUGCCUCUAGUGGACCAGAAGGAGUAUUGGUGGAAUUGAAAUCUGAGACUGAAAUUCGUAAAACUGAAACAAGUAUAGGUGGCACGUUCUCUUUUACACCUGUUUAUCCAGGGCAUUAUAAAAUUCAAGUGCAACACCCAAGAUGGAAGUUUUUGAAAGAAGAACUUCAAGUAAGGGUUGUGGAAGGUAAUACAGAAUUACCUGAGGGUAGUCUCAUACUCCAUGGGUACAGUGUUUCUGGAUAUGCAAGAAGUGUUGGAGAAGCCAUCUCUAACACUACCAUUCUACUAUAUGGUAAAAACAAAUCGGUUGAUCCUUCUGUACUUGGUUGUGACAAAAGCUCCAUACCUAAUAUGCCAAGUCAUUCAAUAAAACCAAUAUGUGCAGUUCAAACUAACUUGUUAGGAUGCUUCACAUUUGCAUCUGUUGUAGUUGGAAGUUAUUAUGUUAAGCCAUUUUAUCAAAAUCAAAAUAUAGAUGUAGAGCCAUCUAAAAUUGAAUUUGAAAUUACAAAUGGAGAUGUGGAACUCGAAAAAAGUUUCGAGGUGAUUGGUUUUAGUGUUUCUGGUAGAAUCUUACAAGCCCUUGAUCAAGAUGAAGGACUGCCUAAUGUUGAAAUUUUCAUGAAUAACAAAUUUGUUACCAAGACAGAUACAAAUGGUUUUUAUAAAUUGGAAAAACUGAAAACUGGGGUGUUGAAACUCAAAGCCAAAUCUGAAAAUAUGCUGUUUGAAGAUAUUGAUAUUAAAGUGAGUCCAAAUACUCAAAAUCUGCCACCUAUUGCUCCUUCGGCUUUCAGAGUGUGUGGUAAGGUAGAAAGUAGCCAGUCGCAUAUGGUCACAAUAGUAAAGAUUGGCUCAACAUUUUUCAAAAAUGUUAACAGUGAUCCCACAACUGGUAGAUUCUGUGUGUAUCUUCCAAAGGGUACAUAUGAAGUGCAGGUCCAGGUUGAAAAAGUUCAUAAGGAGAAAGGAUUGCAAUUCUAUCCAGUAUCCCAAAACAUCGAAGUUUUCAGAGAAAAUAAUGAGAUCAUUAUUUUCUCUCAGUUGAAAGCAACUUUAACAGGAUUUGUACAGCUGCAUCAUGAUAAGGACUACCAAAAUAUUCAAGUCUUUUUGAAUUUGCUUCAUUCUAAUGAAGCACCACUUGUAGCAAAACUGAUAGGACAAGAAUAUAAAUUUACUGAUGUGUAUCCUGGUACAUAUAGACUCAGUCUGUCACCGAAUAGGUUCUGUUGGUCCAAAGAUUCACAUGAUAUUGUCAUCAAUUCCAAUAUUGUUACUGCUCCAUCAUUCAUACAGAGUGGUUACUCCGUCAAGUUCAUUUCUUCUCACAAUACUAAGAUAUCUUAUAAACUCAUGCAAGACUCAAUACAAGAAGAUAUAGAGAUAAAAAAAGGCGAAUCAACUUAUUGCUUGCCUAAGGAUGGCACAUAUUCAUUCUAUUGCCUAGGUUGCCACACCUAUCUCAAUGAUACAUUCACUUUCAAUACUGAAACGGAAGUAAAUGAAAUCAAAUUAGAAGCAGUAUCUCACCUUAAUAGUAUAUGCAUUGCAUCAAACAUGGAUCAUGGACCAGUGAAUGUUUCAAUAGACAUUGGUGGAGAAAAAUUCCAUAAGGGGCCAUUGCCUUAUGAAAAUGGUUGUUACAUGAUUAACAUAAAGCUUGAACCAGAUGCAAAUGCUGUUAUUUUGCCGCAGUCUGAAAGAUAUUAUUUCAAACCACCAAUUUUUUCCAUAAAGGGAAAGAAUGAUUGUUUUCAGUGGGGUCAACUUUUCGAAGCAAUAAAGGGGCAUGUUUUCAAAGGGAAAACUAUACCUCCUCUUUCAGGUACCUUGAUAACGUUAGAAGAUGAAAACGGUGAGAAAUCUGUUACUGAAACCGAUAGUUCAGGUUUCUACAAAUUUCCACCAAUGGAUACUUCAAAAAAUUAUAAAAUAUACGCCAAAAAAACUUCUUAUCAACUUGUGGGGCCCUCAGAAAAUGGAGACUUCACUGCUUAUAAACUGGCACAAGUCAUUGUGACAGUUUUGGAUGAGAACCAAUUGCCAUUACAGGGUACCCUUCUUUCUUUGUCAGGGGGCCUCAGUUAUAGAAGUAACCUGCAAACGGAUGAGCAAGGAAAAAUAUCUUUUGAUUCUCUGAACCCCAGCGAGUAUUAUUUGCGACCUAUGAUGAAGGAAUAUAGUUUUGAACCACCAUCUAAAAUAAUCAAUGUCGAUGAAGGAGAAACCAUCAAUAUUACGCUGAUUGGUAAAAGAGUUGCCUACAGUGCUUUUGGUAUUGUUACGUCUUUGAACAAAAUCCCAGAGCACGAUUCUGUGGUUGAAGCUGUAGGUGUAAAAAAUUGUAGCCAUCUAUCGGAAGAAACUACAACUGAAUCUAAUGGUAGGUUUAGAGUGAGAGGAUUACAACCAUAUUGCACUUACCAUUUGAGAGCAAAAGACCCUUCUGUAGAGCAGUGUAUUCCAGAGUUCAUAGAAAUUAAGGACAUUGUCAGCGAUAUUAAAGAUGUACAUCUCAUUGUCCUCCGACCCAAAAAGCACACUAAAGUACUUGUUAGAAUCAACACUGAUGUUCCUGAAUACUCUAAACACCUUAAAUUAAAUUUGUACCUGAAAGGCUCUCCAACUACACCAGUCCAUAGUGUUAAGAUGGAUACCAACAAAUUGGUAUCAGAAUACAAUCUUGGAAUAAUAAUACACCUUCUUCCACUUCCAAAAGAUGGAAAAACUUAUGUCUUACAAUUAGAACCUAUCAUGAAUCAAAAUGUGAGGUGGUUGACGCAGAGUGUUUCAUUUAUUGCAGAUACCAAUUUUAAAUCUAUAGUGAUGGAAUACUCUGUAAAAUCAAGUAAUACAGAUCAGCAAAUCAAGCAAACAUCUAUAUGGAGCUUCAUUUUAAUUAUUACUAGUCUGCUUAUUGCUUACAAUAUUGAUAUUGUUAUACGGUUGGCAAAUGAAAAAUUCAAUCUGAAAUUGAGGUCAUUCACCUCUCUGUUCAAACUUCCUGCUGCUGCAGAUUAUCCGACAAACGAAGUGGAUAUAGAUCAAAUUGUUCAAAAUAUCAAUUCUGUAAAAAAAAAGCCAAAACGUAAUUUUUAAGAUGAACUUUAUCUCAAUAUUUGUUUGAGUUUAAGAUAUGUUUGAUUCAUGUGUACCUGGGAAGUUAACAUGUUCCUGACAUUUUAUUCUUCAUUAUCAUAAAUUGCAUUGAGCUAACAGUCUAUUAUUGAAUAAGUAGAUUUACACCUGAUAUUGUUGAAUUUGUUUUUGUAAUUGUUUUUUGAUUCGAUUAGUAUCAGCUGAAUAUAUUUAAUUUGUUGUGA